AUGGACUCAACCACAACUACGUCACCGGACUUGCUGGUUUUGGCUCUACAAAUCCAAGCACUAACAGCCAAUGUGCAAGAAUUGAAGAAACAAAAUGAAGACUUGAAGCGGAGAAUGAGUCCAGAGGGCACAUAUACGACACAGUCACAGCGUAAUUGCAAUGACAAUGACGACGAAGCCCAUAGUCCAAGAAAUAACAGAAGAGAAACUUCUAGGCACUCCGCACAGUCAACUUAUGGCAACUAUCAGAUGAUGAAAAACAUGAGGAAGGAGUUAGAUGAAGUCAAGAACGCCAUGAAGGGAAAGACAGCGCUAAAUCUUGAUGGCGUGAUCAAGAGGACAUACUUACCCUUCACUGCCAACGUUUUCGAGCGCCCCUUGCCUCCCAAAUUUUGUCUCCCACAGCUGGAGUCGUAUUGUAUCAUCAUUCAUUCACAGAGACACAUAGCAAGGGCUUGCGCAGUGGGUUUAGUCCUUAGGGAAGCGAAAAUGAGCCGACGGGCAGCGGGAGCGGGAGCGGCGGGGCUGAAGGGGAAGAAGAAGGGGGCCACAUUCGUGAUCGACUGCGCAAAGCCGGUGGAGGAUAAGAUCAUGGACAUCGCCUCCCUCGAGAAGUUCCUCCAGGAACGCAUCAAGGUCGGCGGCAAGGCCGGCGCUCUCGGCGACUCCGUCAUCGUCUCCCGCGAGAAGAACAAGAUCUCCGUCACCUCCGAUUCCAACUUCUCCAAACGUUAUCUUAAAUACUUGACCAAGAAGUACUUGAAGAAGCACAACGUGAGGGAUUGGCUUCGGGUGAUUUCUUCCAACAAGGACAGGAAUAUUUAUGAAUUGAGAUAUUUCAACAUUGCCGAGAAUGAGGGCGAGGAGGAAGAUUGAAAUUAUAGUAUUCUAUGUCGAGGCAUCAUCCAUUAGAGGACUUUUUUUAUUUUUUUGAGGAACAUUCAUUAGAGGACUUAGUUGUUCUAGAGCGUCUUUUUAUAUUUUCCAGCAUUGUUUUGAUCUAUCCACUAGACGGGAUUGUUUUCUGAUUUUCAAAGUUUAUUUCCUCUUGAAAAUUUUGUACUGUUAAUUCUGGUUAUCACAUUAUUAGUUGUGGUUGAUGCAAUACAUGUUUCUCUCUCUGGAGUUGUACUGUGGUA